GGUGAUGGAGGAGGAAAUGAAGCCUCGGAACACUUCGAGUGGCUGCUGCUGCGCUCUGUCUUCGUUUUUCUUCGCAUUCUCCCCGCGGGGCUCCUCCUGUGCGGGGAGGGCGAAUAGUUCGGCCCUGCCAACAUGGCCGCCACCAUGAAGAAAGCGGCUGCAGAAGACGUCAACGUUACUUUUGAAGAUCAGCAGAAAAUUAACAAGUUUGCAAGAAAUACCAGCAGGAUCACGGAGCUGAAAGAAGAAAUAGAAGUUAAGAAGAAACAACUUCAGAAUUUGGAAGAUGCCUGUGAUGACAUCAUGUUGCUUGAUGAUGAUUCACUUUCAAUACCCUACCAAAUUGGAGACGUCUUCAUUAGCCAUUCCCAAGAAGAGACGCAAGAGAUGCUGGAGGAAGCAAAGAAAAGUUUGCAAGAAGAAAUUGAAACAUUAGAAUCCCGAGUGGAAUCAAUUCAGAGAGUGUUAUCUGACCUGAAAGUUCAGCUCUAUGCAAAGUUUGGAAAUAACAUAAAUCUUGAGGCUGAGGACAGUUAAAAGUUCUCUCGAGAUACCACACGCUUUUUCCUUGUUUUAUUAAUUGUUUUGAUAGUUAUUCUCUUCCAAUAAUGUUUUAAAAAAUUCGACCUAUAUUUUUUUUCUUUUUUUUACUUUCCUGUCUUGGGUUCCAUCUAUUUAAUGAGAGCUUUCAUAUUUUGGUUAUUGCAGUUAUUUAUUUGUUCAGGAAAGCAUUUGCUUCACACUGUUGGUGAAGCACCAAGGUUGGAAUAUUUGAAUUGUUUGUUAAAGUAAUAAAGUCAGGCAUAUAUUGUA